CCUGAUUUUCAGCGUGUCAAAGAAGUCACAAUUUUUGGCUGACUGUUCAAUAUUCAAGGAAAGAAUAAGCAGUGAUUCCAGUAAAUAGUAAAAGUUAACGUGUCCCAACUAGUGCUCUAAGAAUAUUCGCUACUCUAUUGAGGUAACUAUUUAAGUAUAAUACUAGAAUGCAUACAUGUAAUAGUACUAUGAAAGUCAUGAAGCAGAACACGAAUGAUUUUUCUCUUUUCGCAACACCGUUCUCUGUUGACAACUUUCGUUUGAUAUGAGUUCCGGUUUGGCAUCUUAUCUAUACACGAAGCCCAAUCGGCCUUCGAACACGGUCACGAUUUAUUCUCUGUGUGAGGCAAUAUGAAUUCUUAAGCGGGACGAGCUUUCGCUUUCGAAUCGCAUCAAUAAGAGCGCAUGAUUGCUUCGUCUUCUGCGUCAGACGUGCUGAACGGCGUCUUAUUCUCUCCUUCACUCGGUCAAGUGUAAGGCCUUUUGCCAUUGACGUUCCAGGUAGUUUCUAAAAAAUCUACUGUACACCUGUUAUGACGUUGUUUGCUGUCCUUUGUGCUGAUACGUUCCCCGUUGGCAAUUUGAAAAGUAGGACGCGCGCGCGCGCGCGGACCGGGUGGAGAAAGUCACUUUCGUUUGACCACAAACUUCAAGAAAGGUCGACGCACUACAUCGUGAGCUUGGGUUCCUGGAAGCUAUUUGGGCGAUAGGGGCGCUGAUUGUCAAUGCUGUGAAGAUGCGCAAAUUGAGUAAUCCGGGGCAAUGGUGUGCAUUCAUAGCGUAUGAUCUAAGCCAAUAUUUGGGUCGGAGGAUAAAAACAUUGAAUAAAAAACACACGUGAGAGUUUUUAACGCCAUCGCAGCUGCCGUCUGGUGGCUUGAGUCCCAUUCUCUAACGUGAGGGGCUUAGAGGAUGUUGCCUUUCUCCUGCAUUUAGAAAACACUCCAACUAGCAAGAUUUAAAAUGCCUUCGUAUUCUUAUUCUCCUGCCCCUACCAGAGAGAUCGCAGUGCCUUGGAUUUGGCUGAAGUUAAUUUCCUUUGACAGCGUCCUCAGGAAGCGGAGUGAUGCGUGCUAAUAAUUUGUUUUCCAUCACGCUCUAUACUUUCUGUUUGCUAAGUUCUUCUUCUACCCUCCACCAAGAAUCUAUUCAUGAAUGCCAACGUGAGUGCGAUGACGGACCGGCCAAGCGUUGCGUCUAUCAUUUUCACAUUGAGUAUUACUACACGAUGAGCAAAGCGUGCUACAAUUGUCCGCUCACUCCGGAGGACUGUAACCGGCACCACUGCAUCGCUGCUGAUGGAGUUGAACGAGGUGUUGUCGCCAUCAAUCGCCAGAUACCAGGCCCUUCCAUUCAAGUUUGCCAAGGCGACACUGUUAUUGUUGACGUCAAGAAUCAUUUACGGGGAGAAGGAAGCGCAAUUCAUUGGCACGGAAUGCACAUGAAGGGGUCUCCCUACAUGGAUGGCGUUCCUCUAAUUACGCAAUGUCCAAUUUCGCCAGCUUCUACUUUCCAGUACGACUUUGUUGCCGACAAUCCUGGAACUCACUAUUAUCAUUCUCAUUCUGGGUUCCAGCGAGCGGACGGUGCGUUUGGUUCGUUCAUCGUUCGCCAAAGUCGUUCAAAAGAUCCACAGUCACUAUUGUACGAUUACGACCUGCCAGAACACGUGAUACUCGUUUCUGACUGGCUUGGUGAGCUGGCGCUGGCCAAAUUUUUAGCUCACGCUCACGAUGGAAAAGAUGAUAUUCCCUCAAGCAUCAUUGUCAACGGGAAGGGAAGGAUUUCGAAACCGCGAGAUAAACUAACAUCGCAAGAAUUUAUGCCUCUUGCGGUUUUCAAGGUUGAGCAAGGUAUGCGCUAUCGAUUCCGAAUUAUUAGCAAUGGAAUAUUGGAUUGCCCAAUCACGAUGUCAAUUGACAACCAUACGCUACUUGUAAUCGCUAGCGACGGGAAUCCAGUUCAACCUGUCGAAGUGGAUUCCCUCUUAAUGACUUCCGGUGAGCGAUUUGACUUCGUAUUGAACGCAGAUCAGAUGGCUUCGUCUUUCUGGAUUCGAUUCAGAGGAAAUAUGGACUGGAAUUCUAAAAAUGUCUUUCAAACUGCGAUCCUCCGCUAUGAAAAUUCGCCGGAUGUUGAGCCGGAUGAGAUUGUAACAUACGAAAGCACUAGUCGUAAUGGCACGGUUUUGAACCCCAUCAAUCACGCACCUGGUGACCAGCAACAUGUUACCGUGGCUGAAUUAAAGGCAUUACAGGAGGAAAGCGAAGCUGACUGGGCACGUGAACCUGACCGCAAAUUUUUCCUCGCCUAUGAUUUUAAUGCUGUCGAUAAUUGGUUGUACCACGAUCCGGAACAUUAUCCGCUAUUUGGAGUGGGAAAACACCAGAGAUUUUUUACUCCCCAGGUGAACCACAUCAGUUUGCGGAUGCCGUCAUCGCCGCCACUAAGUCAACACCAUGCUCUGUCGGUAAAUUCACUGUGCAAUCAAUCUACUGUGGCUAAUUGUAAAGAGAAAGAAUGUGCAUGCGCUUACACUCUACAAGUUCCUCUGGGCUCUCUAGUCGAAGUGAUUUUAAUUGAUGAAGGCAUGACAUUUGAUGCGACUCAUCCAUUUCAUCUUCACGGCUACUCCUUUCGUGUAGUGGCGAUGGAGCGCAUUGGCAGUAAUGUCACAGUUGACAAAAUUCGCGCCAUGGAUGAGAACGGGUUGAUCCGCAGGAAUUUAGUGGAUGCGCCCAUCAAAGACACGGUUGCUAUUCCUGAUGGCGGAUACACGGCCAUUCGUUUUCUGGCAACUAAUCCCGGCUAUUGGCUGCUCCAUUGUCACCUGGAAUUUCACGCUGAAGUUGGGAUGGGCGUUAUUUUCAAAAUUGGAGAACACCAGGAUUUCCCUCCGAUACCCGAUAAUUUCCCGACUUGUGGAGAUUGGUUUCCUUCGGAGAAGAAAACAGUUGAUGUAAAUUUCACGGUUCCAAAAGAUCCGAUCAUUUACGACAUAAUCCCUAUCCCCGCUGGAGAGAAUGAGCUACUCCCUUUAUUGAUAGCUGCUUCACCUUUAAUCCAUCCGCACGAGAGUCGCGAAUUGAGUGACGAAAUAUCAGCGGCAUCUUCAUUUCACCGGUACUAUUCAUUGGCUUUGUAUACUAUUAUCGCUUAUUGUCUUUCAAUAUUUUGCUUUCAUUUGUAAAAACGCUCCGCGAGCAGCGAACAGUUAUCAUACGUAAUAACGGGAAAUUAAGUCCUAAAAUGACACAUAUACAGUAACGUCUUAAUGUGAAUUGAUUUCACAAAUGUUUUAUUGCUUGAAUGCUUAUUAAAGCCAAUUUUGCAAAAAGUUGUAUUUUUAACAUUUAUAACUUGUAUAGUAAUCUGUUCGAUUUGUCUUCUUGUCGAAAAAAAAAUUAAUUGAAGUUCAAAUUUCUAUAAACAUUUUGAAAUCAUCCAAUCACAACAAAUCCACGUCUGUGCAGC